CUCCUCCAGUAGCGGCGCUGGCUUCUGCCGGGAACCACUUUUACGCUCGUCGCCGCGCCGGACGUUGCCUCGCAGUUCCUGCUCUGCUGCUCCAGUGUGCUAGUCCCACGUGCUCGUUGUCACCCGCGGCAGAAGUUCGAGGAUGACACCCGACAAGAGCGCCUUCACUCAUGUGCGAAUGUUUGGGCUAUCCAAUAGUCAUGACCCAUACUCACGCGAGUCUCGUGGGAGUAGCGACGAUGGUGCAAUCGCGAAGUUCAACGGUGUUUUCAUGCGUAGUUAGGAAGUUUGGAAUAGCUGAUGUGAGGUUCAAGUAUCGAUCGUUGCACUGCUAUCUGGGUCGAACUACUUUGGAAUUCUUUUGAAACGACCUUCGAUUCCUCACCGCUUACGGAAAUUGCCAUUAUAGUAGCUCCCAAGCCAUUCGUCCGAUUAAUGCUUGGAAAGCAUCAUUGAUUGUUCCAGUAUAGACCAGGCCGAGGCAGAAUGUGACUUUCGACCGUGUUUCGUAGUGCAAUAUUGUAAAGGUGGACGUCGUGAUCAAUUCGCUACUGGACUGUCCUGCUCCUGCCCUAUGAGGGAAGCGGGGCAAAAAGUGACGCAGUGGCUGCUGGUUUGAGCAUGGAGAGUGGAGAUCCACCGCCUCCUUGGGUUCUCACGGCUCCCGGACUAACGCUGACCACGACACUGGGACUCGUCAUUUUGAUCACGGUGAUUGGAAACACGUUGGUCGUAGCAGCCGUAGCUACGACACGACGUCUGCGAACCGUCACAAACUUCUUCGUUGUGUCACUCGCCGUGUCUGACCUUCUAGUCGGCUUUUUGGUCAUGCCUCUGGCUGUCAUGAAAGAAGUGAUAGGUGAAUGGCUUUUCGGCAGGAUUGUCUGCGACUUGUGGGUAUCAUUAGACGUGAUGUUGUGCACCGCCUCAAUCCUCAACCUCUGCUGCAUAAGCUUGGACCGGUACUUUGCCAUCACGCAUCCUUUGGCAUACGCCGUGAAGCGGUCUGGACGCUUGGCCCUGCUCAUGGUAGCAGUGGCGUGGAUUCUAUCGGCCGCCAUCACCUGUCCUCCGAUGUUUGGGUGGCGUGAGGACAGUCGACAGAACUCCACGGACUGUAGCUAUAACAUGAAUCAGGGUUAUGUCAUCUACUCCGCGUGUGGGUCAUUCUUCAUCCCAGCGACCAUCAUGGUGUAUGUUUACUGGAGAAUUUUCGCAGUAGCCAGAAAACGCGAAACCGUCCUUCUUCAGGAGUCCAGCCGGCGAGAUAACCCAUCAGAACCCGAAGAGUGCGAUGACGGUGGCACCGUCAAAGAUUCAAGCCUCUCUGUGUCCCUAGGGCCAACUGCGCCGCCUCUUACCGCAGGAUCCUCUCAGAGGCAAGCGGUUAUCGCUCUGUCAACGGGCACAGAAAAGAAGGCAGCACCAAUCAACUCGGUGUUUCGCAACAGCAACAAACUCCACCAAGCUUCCAUAGUGGUUUCGGAUCCUUUGCCGUCAUGCCCUGCUCGUCUGCCUGCGAGGGCAGCCAGUCCUCCAGAGUGGAACUCCACUAAUUCUUCCAAGGGGAAGCCUCUCAGGCGAACCAAGUCAAUGCGCUUGUCCAGGUUUUCUGGUAACACGAUGUCUCAAAAGGCGCAGCACUGGAGACGCCGAGAAGGCUACGAGCGAGCAGCCUUUCAAAGGGAACGUCGGGUUGCCAAAUCCCUAGCUUUAGUCGUCGGCGGCUUCGUGAUAUGCUGGCUGCCUUUCUUCACGGCCUACGUCAUCGAGCCUUUCUGCGAUGCCUGCAGUCUCCCCACUGUGGCUUCAAGUUGCUUAGUCUGGCUCGGCUGGAUUAACUCAACCAUCAACCCGCUAAUUUAUGCCCUAAACAACAGCGACUUCCGCGAGGCCUUUCUUCGCCUAACUAUCAACAAGUGUCGGAGAAAUGGACAUCGUAGAGCCCAGGACCCACGAAACUAUUUCUGACGCAAGUUCCCCCAAGAGUGCCGUAUAAUCGAAGCAGAAAGACAAUUACGCGAAAGAAAACGUGCGAUCGAACUCUCAACCAUCCUUCCUGCGGGAAGUAAAUAAAGGUGGGAGCGUGUGCGCGCGGAAGAUGUGAAUUAAUGCUCCUGUGACAAGGAUUCAUGCCCUGUUUUCCUUCUUUACGUGGAUGCAUGCUGCAGUUCCACUGCCGUGGUCAUUAUAUCAAGCUGAAGUAUGCAUAAAAGUAUUGUCUUUUCUAGAA